AAGGCUCCCUCGCAGCUAUGGAAUUGGGCCUCUAUUCCCCUUUCGUUUUAACCUCUGAUCCCAAGGGGCCCGCAAAAAGCCAGCCAGCAACCCAGCUCGCCAGCCCGUCUCUGGCUCUCCAUUCCUCGUCAUCUCGCUCAUCUUGCGGAUCUUUUCUUGUCUCCCUUCCUCCCUCCUCCUGGCUUUCCAAUACCCUCUGACCCAGACGCUCGCUCACACAAUACACCACACACCCGUUCCACCUUUCCCGGUUCUUUUGUUGUAAUAUCUUCCCUGACCCCCAUCUUUUCCCAACCACAUCACGCUCGUUCACUUCCACGCUUCCAAACCUGGCGGCUCCAAGUAGUUGGGACAGCUGGGAAGUCGCCCAAGGAUACGACUCUGGCUCGCGUCCCUCUUCGUUUCAAGUCCAUCCACCUCAACCUCACCACCAUCCUCGCUCGACCACCUUGGCUGUCUAUCCUGACAGCAACAGCAACAAUAACAACAACCCCGCCGCCGCCGCCAUGGAGGACGACACGCGAAGCAACAGUGGUCAGACGCUGCGUCCCUUCUCCCAACCCGCAAUAAACUCGAGAUUCCCUUCGUUAAGACGCCUGAAUUCCACCGAACCCUACCGACAUCGAUCGUUACCUGCUGAGCCUUCACCUGGCUCCGACCGUGCCAGCAGUGAAAUCACCUUCGCCGUUCUUUACGACGAUGGCCCUGACUAUCAUGUCGGCCAUUAUGACGAGGAAGGAUCCAUGAGGACAGCCCACAACGGACGCGACUCGAUCAACUCUUUUGCCCCUUCCUUCCGCACUCGCGACUCAAGGAUGGUCAGCGACGACCAUUACAUCGGUCAACAUCCAGACUUUGUAGCCAACCAGCGGUUACUGGCAGAAGGUUACCUCAAUAAUAAUGACUCGUAUUACGACCAAUCCGUCCCUCGUUAUCCCACACAAUCGGAAGAAACAUUGGCUAUGAACGCACUACAUAAUACAUAUGGACGCGAUGAAAAGAGACCCCUUUCACAACAGAUGUCUCCACCCAUGGACCGUGCCCAGAGCAAACAUUCCCACGAGUCUUGGUGCACUUGUGACGAAGACCAUGGACACGGCUUGGGCAUGGGCAUGAGCGACAAGAAGGAUCCAAGCAAGUUUGAUCUGGAAGGUCAGAAUGGUCCUGCCACGCCUACGCCUUUCCUCGCUCAAGAAAAGGGUCCUGGCGGCCCUGGUGGACCACCUGGCGAUGAUAACCCCUACAAAGUACAAUUCAACGGUCCUACUGAUCCACUCAACCCUAAGAACUGGCCUUCCAAGCAGAAGUGGGCAGUCACUGCUCUCACUGCGUCAUUUACUUUCCUCUCCCCUCUGGCUUCGUCUAUGGUCGCCCCAGCGCUUCCUCAAAUCAAAGAAGACUUCGGCAUUUCCAAUACGAUCGAAUCGCAGAUUGUGCUGUCAAUUUUCGUCCUGGCUUACGCAAUCGGCCCCAUGUUCCUAGGUCCUCUUUCUGAGUUGUAUGGACGUGUCAUCAUUCUCCAAUCGUCUAACGUGGUCUUCCUGGCCUUCAACAUCGCUUGUGGUUUUGCUCAAACGAAGCAGCAGCUUAUGGCUUUCCGUUUCUUAUCUGGUCUUGGUGGGUCUGCUCCCCUCGCUAUUGGUGGUGGUGUGCUCGGAGAUCUAUUCAAACCAGAAGAACGUGGAAAGGCCAUGGGUAUCUAUGCUAUGGGUCCUCUCCUUGGUCCUGCCGUCGGUCCCAUUGUCGGUGGUUGGGUCGCUGAGAAGUCGACCUGGCGCUGGAUGUUCUAUGCAAGCUCCAUCGCCAACGUUUUCAUCCUCUUGGGUGGCUUCUGGAAACUCCGCGAGACAUAUGCGCCUUACAUCCUCCACAAGAAAGCCAAGACGAUCCGUCAGCAGACCGGCGACAAUCGCUACCGAGCAGAUGGCGAAGGAGAGGUCGACCAACCCGUCUGGAAGAAGAUCGUCAAGACAAUGGGUCGAUCAUUCGGCAUGCUGUUUACCCAACCGAUUGUCCAGGUCUUGGCUGUUUACAUGGCCUUCUCCUACGGUAUCCUCUACCUCGCCUUGUCCACCUACUAUGAGCUUUUCCUCACGAGAUAUCACGAAAGUGUUGGUAUUGCCGGUCUCAACUACAUCUCUCUUGGUCUCGGCUUCUUCAUCGGCGCUCCUGUCUGCGGAAAGUCUGGUGACAAAAUCUACCAGAAACUCAAAGCCAAGGAUCCCCGUGGCAAAGGAAAGCCCGAAUUCCGUAUGCCCCUGGUCAUUCCAUUUUCGCUCUUCGUCCCUACCGGGCUGCUGGUAUAUGGAUGGUCCGCACAGGCGCAGACUCAUUGGAUCGUUCCUAACAUCGGCGCUUUCCUCUUUGGCAUUGGCACGAUCGCCGCGUUCCAAUGUGUUACCACCUACCUCGUCGACUCCUACGGUCCCCUCGCUGCCUCUGCUGUAGCUGCAGUCACCAUUCUUCGGUCAUUGGCUGGUUUCGGCUUCCCACUGUUUGCACCUGCCAUGUACAAGGCCCUCGAUUAUGGAUGGGGUAACACUGUCUUGGCUCUUGCUGCCAUCGGUAUCGGUACUCCAGUGCCGAUCCUGUUGUGGAUCUUUGGCGAGAAACUCAGGAAGAAGAGCAGUCUCACAAUGAAGGGUCCUCCUCCAGGCAAGGGUGGCCCAGGAGGUCCAGGAGGACCUGGCGGCAAAGGUCCGGGUGGUCCUGGAGGCCCCAUGGGUGGCAAAGGUCCCGGUGGUCCUCCAGGAAUGGGACCCGGUGGUAUCCCCAGCGGCCCUCCGCCUCCCUUCCCUGGUGGCCCAUCCAAAGGUCCUGGCGGAAAACACUAACCGCCCUGAUUUAUCGCGACAUGAAACGACAUCAAAAGAAAAUGAGCCAACAGCAUUAUAUUAAUAUAACCAACCACCUUCACCACAACCUUGUAUCUAUGUCGCCAUCUGUUGAAACUUAUUCAUAUGUCAUGAGCGGGACUGGCGUUUUGGUCUGGGUUUACCCUGGAACGGGAAUCUCCUAUUUGAUGUGCGCAAGAAAGGGCUGGCAUAUGGGAAUGCACCCCUUUCUACGUCAUAUGCUCAUUGGAUUUGGAUCAGUCAUCCAAUGGGGUAAUGUCUCUGUUUGAGAAGAAUCGAGGUGAAGAGCGGUGGCAGGUGUGGAAGGAUUGAUUUGAACGGAGUGACCUGGCUUGGACGUGGGAACGGGAUAUGGAGAAGAUGGAGAAUAUGGAGACGAAGAGAUGGGAAUCUUUAUUAUCUUUUCCUUGUCGUCGUUAGAAAAGGAGCGCGAAUACGACUCGAGUUCGAAAGUGUCAUCUUUUCUAUCAUAUACAUAAAAGCUCCAUUAUAUCACUGAAUUGACAGCUCAAGACAGCAGGGUACGACAGCAAGGCAGUAUGGAAAUUGGCAAGCAGACAGUCGAGGAACCCGGUGAUUCACACGCUUGGAGCUGCGCAAACUGGGCGUCCGCCUAGACCUUACUUGACCUGACUUGGUCUGUGGAGGGUUUACGGGGUAGGUUGAAUCAUUUUCGCUAUUGCAUCCAGGUUCAUUACAUUCCGUCCAUGUCUGGAGUUGCGAACACACCCAAGGCGAGACAGAACGUUGCGAGGCGAGACAGGUGGGAUUCGAUGUGGCUGUGCUGGUAGGAGAAUGAAUGGUGCUUACUCCGGACUUUUUGUCUUUUCCCUGCUCUUCACUACAUGUGUACCGACUAGAGUACUAGUAUCGUGCUAUGCGGAGGGUACGAGUACGAGACAUUAGACUCCGGAGGUGAGGCCAAGCAAUUCGACUUACUAUAGUAAUUCAAUGCCAGCCCAGUCGAUUCCUUCCGGCAGGAUGGUUCGUGCAUGGGUGGAAGUGGGACUCGGAUAUACCGCGUAUUAGCUAGCGAAGGAUUGCAGAUGCGGGAACGCGCGCGGACGGACGAGAUU